AUGUGUAUUGACUAUAGGCAGCUGAAUAAGGUAACGGUGAAGAACAAUUAUACUCUCCCACAUAUUGAUGACUUAUUUGAUCAGCUACAGGGAGCAUCAUUGUUCUCUAAGAUAGAUUUGAGGUUCAAUUAUCAUAAGUUGAAGAUUAGGGCAUUAGAUGUCCCUAAGACAGCUUUAUGGACUCGGUAUGACUAUUAUGAUUUCCUAGUGAUGUCCUUUGGGUUAACUAACACCCUUGCAACGUUCAUAGAGUUGAUGAACGGGGUAUUUCGAUCUUACUUUGAUUUUUUUGUGAUUGUCUUCAUUGAUGAUAUUUUGGUGUACUCUAGUACUGAGGAGGACCAUGUUCGACACUUGAGAAUAUCUCUUCAAAGGUUGAGGAAAGAGAAGUUGUAUGCAAAGUUCUCAAAGUGUGAGAUCUGGCUUAAUUAUGUGGAAUUCCCAGGACAUGUGGUCUCUAAGGAGGGUAUUAGAGUGGAUCCGACCAAGAUUGAGGCAGUUAGGGGCUGGACGAGACCUAUUUCUCCUACCAAAAUUCAAAGUUUAUGGGGUUGGUAG